UCAUUCGUUAUACUGUUGACUGUUCUGUUGUUGGUUUUUUUUUUGUACUAUUUACCGCAAUUCGCGGACGAUUUAUUUAUGUAAUCUAUGCGUUUAAACGCUGCUCGUUAGUGAAUUAUUGUUUUUGUCCUCAACACACUUUAAAAUCACACAUUUCUUACUAUAACCUACUAAACUACCUACCUAGUAAAUGAAAUAGAAUAACGAUGUUACCGCAAUCGAGUUCCUAAACGACGGCCGGCGGCUUCCUGAUCUCACACAUCCUACACACGGGCAGUUGGGUUAUGCAGAUAACCUAUCAUUUAGUAGGUGUGUUCUGCAACGGUCUGAUUUGCUGCUUUACACAUGUUCAAAAUGUACGACUCCAAUAGUGAUUUAGAUCGACAGAUCGAACAGCUAAAGCGUUGCGAAAUUAUUCAAGAACACGAAGUUAAAGCGUUAUGUGCUAAAGCUCGUGAAAUACUUAUCGAAGAGAGUAAUGUCCAGCGUGUUGAUUCCCCUGUCACUGUGUGUGGAGAUAUUCACGGACAAUUCUAUGACUUAAAAGAACUGUUCAAAGUUGGUGGAGAUGUUCCUGAAAGAAACUAUUUAUUUAUGGGCGAUUUUGUGGAUCGCGGAUUUUUCAGUGUAGAAACAUUUUUACUUCUUCUUGCUUUAAAAGUGAGAUAUCCAGAUCGAAUUACGUUAAUUCGAGGAAACCACGAGUCUCGUCAAAUCACUCAAGUAUAUGGUUUCUAUGAUGAGUGCUUACGUAAAUAUAAUAGUGUAGCUGUUUGGCGUUACUGUACGGAAAUCUUUGACUACCUCAGUUUGUCCGCUAUCAUUGAUGGAAAAAUAUUUUGUGUCCACGGUGGUUUAUCCCCAUCUAUUCAGACACUGGAUCAAAUUCGAACCAUCGAUAGAAAACAAGAAGUUCCUCAUGAUGGGCCUAUGUGUGACUUGUUGUGGUCAGAUCCAGAAAACACUCAAGGUUGGGGCGUCAGUCCUAGAGGUGCUGGCUAUCUUUUUGGUUCGGACGUCGUUGCCCAAUUCAACACCACAAAUGACAUUGAUAUUAUUUGUCGAGCUCAUCAGUUAGUCAUGGAAGGGUAUAAAUGGCAUUUCGAUGAAACUGUUCUCACGGUUUGGUCAGCACCAAACUACUGUUAUCGAUGUGGUAAUGUUGCGGCAAUUUUAGAGCUUAGUGAAACACUCCAAAGAGAUUUCACUAUUUUUGAGGCUGCCCCACAAGAGAAUCGAGGCAUGCCCACGAAAAAACACGCAGCCGACUAUUUCCUUUAAUACCCAAGUUCUUUAUGUAUUUAUUUUUAGUUCACAAAACAAUAUUAAAAAAAAACAACAUACAUAUUUUAAUUUAAUUUGUAUUUGUAAGAAUACUGACAAUAUAAUUAUGUAAUUUUUUAAAAUUAAAUAAUAGUUCAUCAAUUUUAUUUUAUUUAAGUUACCUUUACUUAACUAUUUAAUUCCCACAAUUAAAUAGUGUUAUUAUUUACUGGA